GGGGCGUGCUGAGAAGCCAAGGGCGCCGCGGGCAGCACGGCGGGGAAAAUGGCGACCCUAGGGUCCCCUGCGCGCACACUGCGAGGUCUUUUGCGGGAGUUGCGCUACCUGAACGCGGCCGCCGGGCGACCCUAUCGCGACACCGCUGCCUAUCGAUACCUGGUGAAGGCUUUCCGCGCACAUCGGGUCACCAGUGAGAAGUUGUGCAGAGCCCAACAUGAGCUUCAUUUCCAAGCUGCCACCUAUCUCUGCCUCUUGCGCAGCGUUCGGGAACAUGUGGCCCUUCAUCAGGAAUUUCAUGGCAAGGGUGAGCGCUCAGUGGAGGAGUCUGCUGGCUUGGUAGGUCUCCACUUGCCCCGCCAGCCUGGUGGAAAGGGCUGGGAGCCAUGAAUAUGGAGCAGUUCCUCAGAUGUUACCUUCAUUGAGAAUUUAAUCAUUCUGCCAAUAUGUAUUUAUCAUUAAAAUUUUGUUUUUAAAGU